AUGUAUAACGUGCCGACGGUCGAACCGACAGUGGCGUACUUCAUCGCGUUCGCGCACUGCGCGGCGUUCGCGACGGAUUUGGCGCUGCUGCGGAGCGGGACGUCCAACGGCGGAGAUUUGUUCAUUCGUUUGGCGUUGUUCGAUAACGCCGUGGUGUACGGGAGUCAGUGGAUGCGAACAUUCACGGCGUGUUUCGUGGACUUUGGGUUGUUGCAUUUCGCGCUCGUCAACGUCGGGUUGGUGACGAUUGGAGCCGAAGCCGAAGCCUUGCUCGGCACCAGGCCGUUUCUGGCGGUGUACGCGUUGAGCGCGGCGAUGGGGGGCAUCGGCUCGAUGGCGUUCGACCCGACGACUUUGCACGUAACCUCAAGUGACGGUCUGAUGGGUGUUUUCGGUGCGUUGUUACUUUACUCGGCGCUGAACGUCGAGAACGAGUGGAACCUUCGCGGCUUCACCGUGCGAUUGCUCUAUUGCGGGUUCUUCUCGGUUGGUUUUCAAUACCUCGCGAGUGUCCCCACAGAGGAUGGCACGCACGUCGUGAACUCCGUGGGACACCUAUGGGGCUUUCUGGCCGGCGCGGCGAUGGGCUACGCCGGGCUCGCUCCCUUGUUUACCUCUGGAAAGAAAUUUUCCAAGCCGCCGGACGACGGGCGCAAAAAUCUAGAAGACGUCGGGGCGGGUCCGAGAAAGACGUUCGUCAUGCUCGGUUCGGCGUCCACCGCGCUCGUGGCUUUAUGCGUCGUCGUUUUGCUCAAGAGAACUUUAGACGUGGACCCGAGAGAUGUAUUUUAG